GUCACUGUCAUCCCCACCACCACCCUCUCCCCCACCGCCAACCUCACCCCCACCGUCACCGCCACCGCCACCGCGGGGGUUCCUGCUCACCCGCCAAGUCCGCCGAGGGCCGACCGAAAGCGGUGCCGGCACAAGCGCGGCCGGAGUCGCUCGUUUAGCCGCGGCGCUGCGCCGGACGGAGCGUCUACCGGCGCCCGGGAUGGAGACCGGGGAGGGGGCGUCGGCUGCGGAGGCGGCGGCGGUGGCGGUAGUGCCCGUGAUCACGGCCUCAGCCACCACCAGUCACUGCCAGCUGACUUCAGGAUGCCAGAGAACAUUCUCGAACAUGAAGGAGCUUCAGACGGAACGAGACCACCCGGGCCGGCGGAACGCCACGGCGCGGUCGCCCCGGGCCUAGCGUCGGAGGCGUCCGUCGGCCCUGAAGGGCGAGGAGCGGCGGAUGAAAAUGCCGGAGCUGACAACUAUCGUUCAGUGUCACGGCAAAACGCGGAUCGAACAUCGAAGACACCGGCGGCAGCGGAAAUCUUGCCCUCGGUCCUGCGACCUCUCUCUGGAACCGCCGAAGCCUUUGCGGCCAACAAUGUCCGCAUGAGGAACAAGAACCACAUCAAGGGAAAAGCCACCAAGAUGAGCAGGCGUCGCAUUUCCUGCAAGGACCUCGGGGCGGGCGACCUGGAGGGCUGGGUGUGGAAAAAAAAGCAGAUCAAGAGCUUCUUCAAGCCGUCCUGGAACAGGUUCUGGUUCGUCCUGCAGCGGUCGUCCGUCUACUGGUACACGCACCGCAACGACCUGAAGGCCGACGGGUACAUCAACCUGCAGGGCUUCAAGGUCGACCGGGCGUUGGAGAGCCGCAGGAAGUUUGCAUUCAAGGCCACCCACCCGAGCAUCAAGCCCCUGUACUUCGCCACCGACAGCGCCGAGGAUAUGUACAGGUGGAUUGAGAAGCUCCGCGUCGUGGCCAUCGCCAGCGCGUCCACGGAGAAGGAGGACCAAGCUGCGGACGUGAGCGAGAGCGAGGAUGACUCCGAGGAGGGCUCUGCCUACGGCUCCCUCCGCAGCUCCUCCUCCGUCCUGCGCGCCCCCUCACUGCCCGUGCUCAAUAUGCCCACGGGCCCCCUCAAGUACCGGCACCCGUCGUGCGAGAGGCUGUGCCCCCUAGCAUCCCCGGCGCCCAGCCUCUCCUGCCAGCAGCUGCAGUGGGAUUCGCCGCCAGCCGCCCCAGCCGGCAACGUCACCGCCACCGCCACCGCCGGCACCGCCGUGUCCCUGCGUUCCCCGGCCGCCGACCGCCGCUCGCUCGCCGUUUCCCCGACGCCGUCGUUCCUCCGCCGCUCCUGGCAGGCGCUCUUCGGCGGCCACUGUGAACUGGAGCUCGCCGGCGUAGGGGCCGGCGCCGCGGAGAACGACCGCGGCGGCGGCGACGCCGGCGGCCGCCUCGGCGACGACGAGCGGAAGCGGAAGCAGCAACAGCAGCAGCAGCAGCAGCAGCAGGGCCACGUGCGGUCGACGAGCGACGCGGAGCCGACGCCGAAGGCGGGCGCCGGGCGGACGGACGACGACGAAUGCGGAGAGAGGCCGAGCGGCGCCCGCCGGAAUUCCUGGCAGGGGCACGGGCCGGGGGCGGCCGCGGGGGCCGGGGUCGCCCGCGGGCGGCCGGAGAUCGACGCUGCGGCGGGCGGGGGAGGCCGGAGGGUGGGCUCGCUGCCGGACCUCGCGUCGCGGCUUCCCGCGUCGCGCGACGGAGGACGCCGACCGUGCGCCGCCGCCGCGGCCGCGUCGCCGGUCGGGCACGAAGUGGCGGGCGACGACAGCUGGGAUGAGCUGUACCACUCGCUGUCGCGGGCGCGACUCUUCCCGCACGGCGCCGAGCGCAAGGAGCGGAGCGCCAGCCAGCUGCGGCAGUCCUUCACUCGCCGCUGCCGCAACCCCGACAUCAACCAGAGGCUGCUGAAGCUGCAGGCGCUGCACCGCACGCUGCAGGCCCGGGAGGCGGAGCUGCGCACGAUCGAGACGCUGCUGAGCGCCGGCGCGGAGAUGAGCGCCGACGGCUUCCGCGAGUGGAAGGAGCAGCACGGGGAGCACAUCCUGUCGCCGGAGCCCGCCGAGACGGCCGACUGGCUCCGCGUCAUCGAGGGCCAGACGCAGCCUGCCUCCUCCGGGCCUUCACGGACCAUCACCGAGACGGAAAUCUAGACAUCUAGACUGCCCCGUCGGCCGCGUGCCGAGCGCCACCCGCGAGCGCCCUCCCGUCCGAUGCUGCGGUUUUUGCGACACGUGUGCGUGUAUAUAUUUGUUUGUCCGUGCGUACGCGUCGUACCGCGCAGGGACAGCUUCUACUGGGAGGAGGGGGGAGAGAGGGGCGGUCGGAUAAGUGGCGUUGUGCUGUAUGACUAGAACCCUCUCCUCGAAGCGGCUCGGCGGAUGUGCGGCAUCCAGGUGAAUAACGGACAAUGCCCCCCCCCCGUAAUGUGCCCAUUUGGAGUCUGGACAUCUUAAACACCUCCCGUAUUUUAUGCUGGGAAAAAGGGUCGAGCCUCUUUUUUUUUAGUUUUUUCAAUUUUUAAAUGAAAGUCGCGAACAACUCAGUCCGUCCGGUGUUCACACCUGGCCCUGUUUGCCGCACGGGGCUCUCGCAAAAGCAGGCCGCUGCCGUGCUUCCGCACCUCCCAAUAGCACGGUUGGUUGGCCAUGUACGGUGUGAAAGAAGUCCAACCUACGUACGUACGUUUAACAGACGUAGGCUGCAGUAGCGGAGGGGAGCGAUGCUGCUGCUGCUGCUGCUGCCGCUGCUGCCGCGUGUGUGCGGUCCCGGUGGAGUCAUUUGCAGUGUCAUCUUUUUUUUUUGGUGGGGGGGGGGGGGGGGAAGCAUUUGCCAAAUUUGGACCGUGACGCCGGGACACUCGACGAAUGACGUAGCGCGACCUUUAGCGUCCGUCUGUACGGCAACACACACACACACACACCGCGUGGUUAACCGGGGGCGGCCCGCCGGAUUCGAGCCUCGUCACCGCCGCCACCAGCAACGAUCGAGGAGCGGCGGAACUCCCGGACUCGACGCGGCGACGUCGCUGGCGCGGCGACGCGCGACGGAUGCCGUUGUCCGUCUCAAAUCACGGACUGGGCGGUGGGGUGGAGGGGUGGGGGGGGGACGAUGACGACGACGAUGACGACGACGAUGACGAC